AUGCUCUGGGUGAAGUACCUACUGAGCGAGUUGAAACUUCUGAGGAAGGGACCCUUGAAGGUGUGGUGUGACAAUCAGUCAGCUAUAGCCAUUGCUAAUAACCCAGUUCAGCAUGAUAGGACAAAACAUGUGGAAAUUGAUCGCUUCUUCAUUAAGGAGAAACUUGAUGCUGGGAUCAUCAGUCUUACUCACGUCAGCUCUGGGCAACAGUUUGCAGAUUGCUUGACAAAGGGACUGGGAACGAAGGACUCCACACACACAGAAAAGGCUACCAAGAGAGAGGGGGGCUCCUGCGACUACAACAGGUUCUUACUUGUAUUGGAUGAUAUAUGGAGGAUUAAUAAUGGGGAUGACUGGUUAAAAUUGUUGUCAACACUCAAUAAAUCAGAGGAAAAAGGUUCCAUGAUUCUGGUCACAACUCGGUUUGAAGCAAUAGCACAGAUGGUUGAAACACCUUGCCAGUCAAUAAAGCUGAAUGGUUUAGAAUCUGUAGAGUUUAGAAAGUUAUUCCUUGCAUUUGUGUUUGGUGAUGAGCAAUAUCCAAGGCAUAAACAAUUUUUGCUUGAGACUGGAGAUAAGAUAAUGAAAAAAUUAAAGGGCUCCCCUCUUGCAGCAAAAACGGUUGGUAGAUUACUGAGUAAAGACCUUAGUUUGCGUCAUUGGAGAAGGGUCCUAAAAAGUAGAGGAUGGGAGAAGCAGACUGAUGACAAUGAAAUUAUGCCUGCCUUGAAACUUAGCUAUGACUAUCUUCCUUUCCAUCUGCAACAAUGUUUUGCCUAUUCUGGAUUGUUUCCUGAAGAUUACAAUUUCAGAAGUGACGAACUGAUCAGUCUAUGGAUCGGACUAGAUAUUUUGAUACCCAAUGGGCAAGACCAAACAUUUGAAGACAUAGGUCUGAGCAAUUUAAAUGAGUUAGUCACCCAUGGAUUUUUCAGAGAAGAGAAAACUAUGUAUGGUCUGCGUUAUGUUAUGCAUGACCUGCUGCAUGAUUUGGCAUUGAAGGUUGCAUCUCAUGAUUGUCUUAGUUUAAGUCUCCCUGGUGUUGGAUCAGUAGAGAUUCAGCCAACCACCCGUCACUUGUCAAUAAGCACAUAUGGUUUAGGUAUAUAUGAUGCAGUGUCUGGUAAAAAAUUGAAGAGUGAAUUGGAAGAACUAAAGACAAGAUUUAAGGUUGAAGAUUUGCAAACAUUAAUGUUAUUUGGAGAAAUGGAUGAAGGUUUUGUCAAGAUAUUUGGUGAUUUUUUGGGGGAACCGAACACUCUUCGUGUUCUUCAUUUGCCCAAAAUGCUUUGUCCCAUGGAGUUCAUGUUACAUAACUUUUCGGGACUUCUCCACCUACGAUACCUAUGUCUAGGGACAGAUGAGAGCCAGAUGCAUUUACCACUUAGCAUCUCUAAAUUUUAUCAUUUAAGGAUUCUAUAUCUUGAUUUGUGGGAUGGCAGCUGUGAUUUGCCCAAAGACAUGAGCAACCUUGCUAAAUUGUGCCAUUUUUAUGUUCCUAGUGAUGAUCAGCUUCAUUCUGAUAUUUCUAAUGUCGGGAAACUUAAACUCUUAGAAGAGUUGAAGGUAUUUCAAGUCAAUAAAAGAAGUGAAGGGUUUGAAACAAAGCAACUAGAGCACUUGACCAAGCUAAGGGAGCUUGGCAUCUACAACCUUGAGAAGAUAGAUACAGCAGAAGAAGCAACUCAAGCAAAACUGAUGGAGAAAAAUUACUUGAGGAGGUUAACAUUGGACUGGGAUAGUAAGCGAUCUAGUGUUGAGCCUGGUGUGGAAGCAACGGUUCUUGAGGGCCUUCAACCACAUGGAGAUCUUCAAGUGUUGUGCAUUAGAGGGCACGUAGGUCCUUCUUGUCCAACAUGGCUGGGUGAUGAGUUCGCAGUUGAAGGUCUACAAUCUCUUUAUCUGGAUGGUGUUUCUUGGGAACUUUUCCCUUCUUUAGGGAAGGCAUGGGAUCUUCGUGAAUUAAGGUUUGAGCAUAUUGACAGACUGAAGGAGUUUAUCAUAGAGAAAAGCUUUUGCGUGCUAACAAAGCUUAAACUCAUUGGCCUAGGAAGUUUUGAAAAUUGGGUUUACACAGGUGAACAAGAGUCUUCCAUUAGUGGAGAAUUGUUGCCACCGGAUGCUCAUAUGUUCCCUCUUUUGCAAGUUCUGGUUAUUAGAGAGUGCCCGAAACUAUUGGGGUUGCCUUUCUCAAACCACAUU